AUGGCUGAUGCAAAAUUAGGCCAAUGGUUAUUUCUUCUAGCAUGUGCAGUCACACUGCUGAAAGCAGCAGGAGUUCCUGUGGAAAUAACUUAUGUUCAUAGCGCGAUCGCCAAAGGAGCCGUUUGUUUGGAUGGGAGUCCCCCAGCUUACCACCAUGAUAAGGGAUUUGGCUCAGGAAUUAACAAUUGGUUGGUUCACAUUGAGGGAGGAGGAUGGUGUAACAAUGUCACAACUUGCCUUGGCCGUAAAAACACUCGUUUAGGUUCAUCUAAGCAAAUGCUGAAGGCAAUUGCCUUUUCUGGGAUUCUGAGCAACAGGAAAAUGUUUAAUCCAGACUUCUACAAUUGGAACAGAAUCAAAGUUAGGUACUGCGAUGGGGCAUCAUUCACUGGUGAUGUUGCAGCAGUAAACCCAGCUACUGGUCUUUACUUCAGAGGAGCAAGGAUCUUUCGUGCCGUCAUUGAAGAUCUAUUAGCAAAAGGAAUGGGGAACGCUCAAAAUGCUAUUCUCUCUGGUUGUUCUGCCGGUGGAUUGACUUCUAUUCUUCAUUGUGACAACUUCCAUGCUCUCUUGCCCGUCGGAACGAAUGUCAAAUGUGUUUCAGAUGCUGGUUACUUUAUUAACGUAAAGGAUGUUUCUGGAGCCCAACACAUCGAAGAGUUCUUUAGUCAAGUGGUUGAAACACAUGGUUCAGCCAGGAAUUUGCCUCCAUCCUGCACUUCAAAAUUGAGACCAGGUUUGUGCUUCUUCCCGCAAUAUAUGGCAUCCCAAAUCCGGGACGCGGAUAUUCUUUGUAAACGCAGCCUACGAUUCAUGGCAGAUCAAGAACAUUUUGGCACCGGGAGUUGCCGAUCCUCAUGGCACUUGGCACGAGUGCAAGCUCGAUAUAAAGAAUUGCUCACCCACUCAACUCAAAGCCAUGCAAGGCACAUGCUAGAUAUUUUAGGGGUAACUAAGAAUUUACCUAGCCACCACCUCCUUCUACCUAAGCCUAACCGCACGCCAUCCUCUUCCCCCCAAAGCUGCCCAUCCAUCUACCUCACCAAUCCAACAACCCAAACCAUCCCAGAUGGCUCCAAGCCUCCAGCACCUUCUGGUGAUAAAUUCCAAGUCUCCUCUGAUUUCAGGGUGCAGUUUUUAAGUGUAAUUGGUGGCAUGACCGGCUGUCCAUUAAAAGGAAUGUUCAUAGACUCUUGCUAUGCUCACUGUCAAACUGAAACGCAGGAGACGUGGUUAAUGGCUGACUCUCCGGUGCUCAACAAGACGACAAUUGCACAGGCAGUUGGCGACUGGUUCUAUGGCAGAACUCCGUUCCAAAGAUAG